ACAUUUUUUCUUCAUUAUUUUUUGCCUUUGAACCAUAUAAUUAGCUGUCUCCAACACAUUAUCACAAGCCAUACAAAAUUUACACAUUGUCAUGGCUCAAAUUCCCAUCUCUUCAAAUUCAUUAUACAAUUUCAUUGUAAGAGAUGGCAAUGGAAUCAAAGGCUUAGUAGAUUCAGGUUUAUUAGAGGUUCCAAAAAUAUACAUACAACCCAUAAAUGAAAGAAUCAACAAAAAAGAUUCAAAACCAUGUGACAUGCCACCAAUUGAUUUAUCAAAACUCAAUGGAAAUGAACAUGAAAAAGUGGUGAAUGAGAUUGUUAGAGCAGCUGAGACACUUGGAUUUUUUCAAGUAGUGAAUCAUUGUGUUCCUUUGGAGUUAAUGGAAUCAGUUAAAGAUUCAGCACACAAAUUUUUCAACAUGCCACCUGAGGAGAAAGUUGUUUACAGAAAAAGUGUGAGUCCAAGUUUAAAGAUGAGAUAUCAAACUAGCUUUGCUCCUGAGAUAGAAAAUGUGUUGGAAUGGAAAGACUAUAUUAAUAUGGUAUAUAGUAGUGAUGAAGAUGCUCUUCAAUAUUGGCCUAAGCAGUGCAAGUAAGUUCAUUUACUUUCACAGGUUAAAUAUAUUUCUAAAUUGCUGAGAUAGGUCGACCUUUUUAUUGAAACUCUCAUUAACCACUUGAUUCUUAUAAUUAGGGAUGUCAAUUUGCAUCCGUCAGAGCGGAUCCCCACGGGGAUUGUCCCGUUCGGAGAUCCGAAAAUAGGAUUUUUUUCCCGUGGGGACGGGGAUGGAAUUGGUGGCUUAUAUGUCAAAGAAGAGAAGGAUGAUGGAAAAGAAGAGUGGCUUGAAAUUCCACCAAUUCCUGGAGCUUUAGUCAUCAAUGUUGGUGAUGCUUUAGAGAUACUAAGCAAUGGAAAAUAUAAGAGUUCAGAGCACAGAGUAAUGACAACAUCCACCCAAUCUAGAGUAUCAAUUCCACUGUUCACUCUACCAAUAGUUACAGAGAGGAUUGGCCCAUUACCAGGAUUGGUGAAGAAUGAUGAAUUGGCUGAUUAUAGGGAAGUCUUGUGGCAGGAUUACAUGGACAACUUUUAUGGGACUGCUCAUGAAGGAAAGAAAACUCUUGAAUUUGCAAAGAUCAACUUUGCACAAUAGUAUAAAUUAAGACAUUUGUUACUAUAUAUUUUUCUCAUUUCAUAGUACAAGAAUUAAAACAUUUGUUUAUAUAUAUGCUACUACUGUAAAAAAAUAUUAUCGGCAGACAUUUCACGGUACCACUCAAAAUUGUGCAGAGUUGACUAUCAACCGUUAACAUGUGUUAAAAUUUAAAGCUCACGCACGUAAAGAAAAAAUAAAUAUAUCACCAAGGCCCAAGUCCGGCCCGGCGGAACGGACGGCAGCGGCGCGCAUGAUAUUCGACAAGGAGUGCAUGAUGCCCC